GGUUCUUAGCGAAGCCGUGCCGAGCUUUUGUUGCUUUCUGCUCCAUGGAAGGGCCUUAAGCUUUCUCUUCUUUUCCGCUUUACCUUCUCUCUCUCUCUCUCUCUCUCUCUCUCUGCAUCCGCUUUGCAUUUCCUGUAAAAACUUUCUCAAUAAUAAUUGGUCUUCUUCCCUGUUUGAUCUAGCAAUCCCUUGUUUGUUAAUGCCAUUUAUAUAUUGAAAUCUGAUGUCUCCAUCGCUGCUUGUUGCCGAGGAGGAAGGACAGAGCAAUAUUUCAACAGUAGCAUCUUCACCGUCCUCGGACUCUAUCUCCCAUAAUGGAACUGCAUUAAAAGAGCGCAAUUACCUUGGAUUGUCAGAUUGUUCAUCAUCAGUUGACAGCUCUAGUGUCCCAACCAUGUCAGAUGAGAAAAAGGAGAACCUGAAUUUGAAGGCUACAGAGUUGAGGUUGGGUCUUCCUGGAUCCCAGUCUCCUGAAAGGGAUUCAGAUCUUUAUGCACCAAACUCAACAAAGCUUGAUGAGAAACCUCUGUUUCCUUUGCUUCCUACAAAAGAUGGAAUCUGUUCAUCUUCCCCGAAAACUGUGGUUUCAGGAAACAAGAGAGGUUUCUCUGACACCAUGGAUGGGUUCCCAGAGGGGAAUUUUACUGGUAAUUCUGGGAUAAAUGUGAUGUUACCUAGGUCUUCUGGGGCUCAGCCAACAUUUAUGAAAGAAACGCCUGCCAAAGUUUCACAGGAACGGCUUUCUGCAACCAAUGGACUUGGUCAUAAUCAUGCGGGGAACCUUGUUAAUGGCAGCGUGCCAGCUGCUAAGUCACAAGUUGUUGGUUGGCCUCCUAUAAGAUCUUAUAGGAAGAAUUCAUUGGCCAACACUUCAAAGAACAAUGAUGAAGUUGAUGGAAAACCAGGGCCUGCUGCUCUCUUUGUGAAGGUGAGCAUGGAUGGUGCCCCUUAUCUAAGGAAGGUAGAUCUAAGGAAUUAUGCAACAUAUCAAGAGCUGUCUUCUGCCCUCGAGAAGAUGUUCAGCUGUUUUACCUUAGGUCAAUGUGGUUCUCAUGGCACUCCUGGCAGAGAAAUGUUAAGUGAGAGCAAGUUGAGGGACCUUCUACAUGGUUCUGAGUACGUUCUCACUUACGAAGAUAAAGAUGGUGAUUGGAUGCUUGUAGGGGAUGUACCAUGGGGGAUGUUCAUUGACACAUGCAAGAAGCUGAAAAUUAUGAAGGGUUCUGAUGCCAUUGGCUUGGCGCCCAGAGCUAUGGAAAAAUCCAAGAGCAGGAGCUAGAUGGGGUCAGAGAUUGCCUGUCUUGGUUUGAUUGCAUUUUGUUUGUCGAAGUUCAAUGUUGUGGAGAUCCAAGGAUAUGAUGUGAAUGACAAUCCCCUGGUUUUGAUGAAGAAAUUCGGAUUAAGUUGUUUCCUUAUCUAUGUUUUUAGGUGGUUGUCUUGGUCUCCGUCCAAGUUAAAUUCGUUAUUAAUAUGGAUUGUGGAGUUUGUAAUAUUAUUAUCUAAAUAGGAACCGGUUUUGUUUGAAAGAGUUGAAUAUCCUGUUACCAUA